AUGGGGGGGCGAGGGGGGUCAGAAGGAUUAUCAAUCACAAAGCAGCACGAGCGGUUCUCCUGAAGCAGGCUCUGAUCACCGCAUGGUCAGACUAAUUACAAACAGGGAAUCUUUCCAAGACGCGCUGCUGACGGAGAUAAAUGUACGCGCUUCGUUCCGCUUGUUAGAGAAAAUAAAAGUUGUGUUCAGGUGCAGAUCAUAGCCAAUCAAGUCUCCCACUCGCGCCAGAAAACGUGGCGUUUAUCGUUUAAUUGGCGCGAGCCCUCCCCUCCUUCAGCUCGCGCCGUGGUUCAUUCCAGCCGCUCUGUAUCCUCCGGAGCGAAGCGCGUUUCUGCCGUUAUCCACACACUGAGCCAGGCGGUUCAAUCACGGCACUGGAACACCAGCAAAGUGGAUAUGGAUGAAGAGAUCAGGACCGAGAUCGUCGGGGCUGCUCCGUGUUUAAUUGUCAACGGGAAUGCAUCGGCUUCCUGCAGACGUUUUCUCUGAAUCCUCUCGGCCCUUGGCUGUGGGGUCGUGAGCAGCUACCAUGACGUACAGCAACUCCAGCUCGCUGACAGCCAACUUCAGUGGGGCUCUGGACGGCUACGACUCCGGGGGAAACCUUUACCGUCCAUUUUCCGUUUUCAGCGUGCUCACUCUCACCUUAUUGGCAAUGCUUGUGGCGGCCACCUUCGUGUGGAACCUCCUGGUGCUGGUGACCAUCCUGAGGGUGAGAACAUUCCAUCGGGUGCCCCACAACUUGGUGGCCUCCAUGGCCAUCUCAGACGUGAUGGUAGCCGCACUGGUUAUGCCGCUCAGCCUGGUUCACGAGCUGAACGGAAGACUGUGGAAGCUCGGACGCGUGCUCUGCCAGGUGUGGAUCUCGUUUGACGUGCUCUGUUGCACGGCUAGCAUCUGGAACGUGACGGCCAUCGCCCUGGACCGCUACUGGUCCAUCACCAGGCACCUGGAGUACACGCUCAAGACUCGAAAAAAGAUCUCCAACGUGAUGAUUGCGCUGACAUGGCUGCUAUCAUCCAUAAUCUCCUUGUCGCCGCUCUUCGGCUGGGGAGAGACCUACUCAGAAGGGAUGAAGUGCCAAGUGAGCCAGGAGCCAUCUUACACCAUCUUCUCCACCUUUGGGGCAUUUUAUCUCCCACUUUGUGUGGUUUUGUUUGUCUACUGGAAGAUCUACAAAGCUGCUAAGUUUCGCAUCGGCUCCCGCAAGACAAACACAAUCACCCCUAUGCCUGAGGUAAAGGAGGAAGCCCAACAGCCACAGAUGGUGUUCACCGUGCGCCACGCAACCGUGACCUUCCAGACAGACGGGGACACAUGGCGGGAGCAGAAGGAGAAAAAAGCAGCCCUUAUGGUUGGCAUUUUGAUCGGCGUGUUUGUGCUUUGCUGGAUCCCGUUCUUCAUCACCGAGCUCAUCGUGCCGCUGUGCUCCUGUGACAUCCCGCCAAUUUGGAAGAGUAUCUUUUUGUGGCUGGGUUACUCGAAUUCCUUUUUUAACCCCCUCAUAUACACCGCCUUUAAUAAGAACUACAACAACGCCCUAAGGAACCUCUUCUCCCGACAGCGCUGAGUAAAUCUGUGCGCCACUCGCAGUGUUACCCCACUCAGCCUGACUUAUCCGUCUGUCACUUUACCAUCUCGUCAAAUAGGUGAUAACCAGAAAUCGUCUAAAAAAAGCAGAACAAAAAAAACUUUCGUGUGCAUCGGUUUUGUCAUUGUCAAUGUGUUUUGUUUUAAGACUGAGACAAGCAUCUGCCUGCAUUUUUAAAGCGGGAAAAUGAUUUGGCAUCUAGUUCAGCAAUGCUCUGAAAAGGAAUCUGCCCCUCUACAGUCAUCAUCUCUCUUUAUAUUUACAGAAGCUAUCCGAAUUAAUCUGGCCCUAUGAAGAAAAGUGAUCACUCGGCUUGUUAAAUCAUAAAUUAACUCUGAUCAAUUGGAGCUGAACUUUGCCCAGGCCUGGAUUCUGCCAGACCUGUGGAACCAAGAUAUCACUUCAGCAUAACCUGACAUGUAGCAGAUUAGAAUAUCUCAAAAGUAACUAAUGUAUCAGUCUAAAGAAAUUCCACAAUGGAUGAAAAAACUGUAUUUUUAUUUAUUUUUUUCAUCAAGGAGGAAAAUGUGUUUUCCUUUUCACAGAUAGCAUCAGCCCAAUGCAGCCUGCAGCCAGGAACACCUGUCAGACAGAGGAAGCUGUAGCUGGCACUUUGUGAUGCGAACCUCUUGGCCAACCCAAAGAAUAUUGUGCCAAUUUUUUGCAGCCUUGAGCGAGAUGGUAGUUACAGGAACAGGAUGAACAAGAUUGUCUUCUGCCACACAGAUGGGAUUGUGUAGAUUACUGACCGCAUUGGAGUUUCUAACCAUAGUUUGAUUCUCUCCAAGAUAAUCGGUAAACCAGGAUACUUUUCCACACACGGUUCAAUAUCUGAAAAGUUUGUAGUUUGAAUUAGUUGACGACAUGUUGCCAAAGGCUCAUCCGUUAUUCUAGCUAAAUGAUUUUUUUUCCAAUAUUUGAUCAGAAUAAGUAGAUAUAUAUAUAUAUAUUUUUUAUUUUUUUGGGGGGGGGGGGGGGAGGGUGUCGUAGCUUUGUCAGCUAACUGUGUGGAGAUCUAAAUGCAGACAAGAUCAAGUCAAGUGUGAAUAAACUGUUUUACUUAAAAACAGAAAUGUAAAAAGUCCAGGGGGACCUAAAAUAAUACAUCACAAGAGGAACACUAAGAAACAGGCUGGUGUGAAUAACGGGAUGAUCUGACUGAAAAAUAUUUAAGCUACAGAGUUAACUGCUGCCUCAAGAUCAGAAUAACUUGCUGCAACCAUGUAUUGUGCUCUCUCAAAAAUCCUGAAAGAGAAUUUCCGAUUAUCAGUUUGUAAAAGUUAGACUCAAUCACAUUUAGGUUUUGCAGCAAGAUAACAUCGCAAUAAUCCAGAGCAUAAAUAUGCCUCUGAAUUAAUUGCUAAGAAAAUUCUAACCUAGAUCACAGAGGACCCUCCACAGGUGGUUAAUGCUCAUAAAUUUUCCAAUGUCACUGGAACAAUUUAAAGACCCAUUGUUAUUUAUAGUAAAUGCUUGAUGGCAGUUCUUACCAUCAAAGGUGGCUCAAACAGGCUGGGUAAAGAAAUUGGCUAAGGGGUAAUUGCUUUUUCACAAAGAACCAGGUUUGUUUGGACAGCCUUUUUUCUCUUAAUAAUUUAAAUCCUCAUUUGAAAACUGCAUUAUGGCUCUAUUAAGGUUACUUUUGUCUGUGUUUGAUUUUUUUUCCUUUUUGUGAAGAAAGUAAAACAAAAACAAAAAAGAAUCUGUUAGAGUGAAUAUUA